AUGCCAGAUCAAUUGUUCCCUAGAUGCAUCAUUACUUUAAAUAAAAGCGGUGUCCAGAUUCUCAGGAACAUUCCAGGAGCCAUCGGGGACGGUGUUGCUUAUUUUAACGGUUACUACUCUUCAGCAAUCAUCCCAUUGUUCGCCAACAACGAUUUUGGGAACAAGUUCGUAAUAACCUUCCGAUACCAGGAGACGGCUGUCACUGGGAGAACGUACAAGUCAGAGGCUCUGAUCAGCAACGUCGGCUGUACGUCCCCCUCUUCUGUAGCGGUCACCUUCAACAGAACAGCUUCAGAAACCGUGGGCAAAAUCAGAACCAGUCUCAACGGGACUCAGACUGCGGCCGUGAAGAAUAACAAAGUCUCAUGGAAACAGGUCCAGUACACUUACAACGGAGAGCACCUCAUCGUUGUUGUCGAUGGGGAAGUAACCCAUGUUCAAGCCGCAGGUGACAUCGAAAUUGCCCAGGGUGCCAUCCAGCUAGGCGUGGGAUGCAAAGGAUACGAUCGCUUCACUGGAUACAUGGACGAGCUUUACAUUUACAAGUGCCUGGUGUAAACUUAUCUCUAUGGCUGACCUCCAGGGCUCCUGUCAACUUCAACCAUUCUAGUCCCUUAAAGAACAUUUUUCCUUGUGUAUAAUGCAUUAAAUUAAUUAUAGUUUUGUAACACUUUUAAGACAAGCGAAUGAUUUGAUUCGGUUACAAACUUCCAUGGUAUAGAUCAACAUCUGACAGCAUCACUGACUAUAUGUGUGUAUGAAGAGUCGAUCAGGGUGAAAACAACUUGUUACAAUAGUUAUUUCUUGGAUGCCUGAUCUCUGGGGUCGCUUGCACUGAGCGAUCGUAGACUAAGUUGAUUUUAAAUACCUUGGCGAUGCAUGUUAAAACAUGAGUUGCCCUUGUACUUACAAUGAACUAACCUUACGAUUGCUUUGUGCAUGAGGCUCUUGAACCUAAUUAAUAGUACUCAAAUUCAUAUUGUCUGAAGUUUUCUGGGUUUAUGUAAUGUAGCUGCGAAGUUAUGGUAAAACUCAGCAGUAUAACAUAUUUAUUACGAAGAAAGACUGAGCCUGUUAGGGAAUGGAAAAGUAACUGGCUUUUCUUAGAACACAAUAUGUAUGUAAUUUACGUCUCUUAAAACCAAAAAGCUUUAGGUAAAUCGCAAGUUAUUUUAAAACACAUGUGGUUUCACUGUGAUUUAGUCCACAUCAUGAUUACUUGUAUUGUAUUAUUAAUUAGUACCGAUUGCAUCAUCUGUAAUUUCUUCACCUUGACACGUGUUUGUUUAUCAAAUAAAACACCUGAUACUAUA